AUGUCCUCAAAUCAACAAGUGCCAGAUACCCUUCAAAAUUUCCAACUGAGUAGCAGCUUUGUCCUCAAUACCAAAAUGGCCAAGGAGAAAAGGGAAAUGGAAUUAGGCCUGCCAGCAACUUCCACCGCUGUAGAUGCCAGCUUCUUUAGAAGAUCCAGCAGCAUCCCUUUGAUCAAUGGAUUUGGUGAUAAUUCACAGGGAUUCCAAGCUGACACCGUGAGAAUGAGAAGGAACAGCUCACCAUUUCUGAACCGCCAUGCUUUGUUAUUUCUGCCUUCCCGCACUCGUACAUCUGCCAACCGGAUUUUCCAAAUCAAACAAGAAGAAGGGAUGGAUUUAGCAAGCCGAGAAGCAAUGCACGAACGGAAAAUGCAUACUGCUAUGCAGGUAAGUCAGACUUGGGGAGAAACUCUACAUCUGAACGGCAACAAUACUGUGAAGCAAUUAACUAUAAGGAACAUCCAACUGAUUCCAGUCUCCCCAAUGGCUUCUCUCACCAAGAAACCUAGGAAGGAUGAUUGUGAGCGAGCAGACACUGCAGUGUCACCUGUGAGCGCUGCUCAUGAGAAACACCCUGAAGCUCAAUCAUAG